GUGGUGAUUAUUCAAUGCGAGAUGCCGAGGCCUGCCGCGUAGCCACAAAAACAUCACCAUAUCUCAAGCAUUGGACUUCGACAGCGUUGAUUUUGAUAUUUGAGGAUGCCAAUUUGACGUAGAAAGCGUGAUUGCAUCCCACACCGCAAGAUGAGCUUCGCGGAGGCGACGUCGAUCAAGCAAAUCGACCCCCACACCUACGAGAUCGACUUUUCCUCGUCUUGGGUUAUCGGCACCGUUCCCCAUGGCGGCUACGUGACGGCGUGUCUGAUGACGGCGGUGCGGAAGCAUUUCGACACCACUCUGCGCAAGCAGGACCAGCCGCAUACCAUCACCCUUCAUCUCGACUUUCUGCGUCGCACCGAGACCGGGCCGGCAACCAUCCGGAUCCAGGAUGUCAAGCUCGGCCGCCAAACCAGUGUAGUGCACAUUGCCCUCUCUCAGGGCAGUCGUGAGGAAGUGCUCGGGUACAUUACCAACUCCAACAUGCGCACCGAAACCGGCGCUUCCUUCCCGACGACUUGGGAGUUGCACCCGCAGCCUCCGCCCGUUCCCGAUUUCUCUUUGCUCGAAGCUGGGAAGGAGCCUCACUGGGAGGAACGAAAGGAAUGGCCCUUUCCAGAUUUCCGCAAAGCAUCUUCCAAAUUGCGAGCGUGGUUUCCAAGAAAAGGCCAGGCUUCGCGCUCGUGCCUGAACAUUUGGUAUUGCUUCCGGGAUCCGCAAUCGAGAUUCACCAACGAGUCUCUCGGCUACUGCUGUGAUGCAUUCCCGCAGAUCUUGGAGCCCUACAUUGUCGGCCAAGAUAUUUACAGCCCAGAGUUUGAGCGAGGGAGAAGUUGGCCGGAGCAGAAACGAGUGAUUGAUGAGAGCGGCUUCCAGCCCAUGUGGUAUCCGACAGUACUUCUCAAUCUGGAUAUCAAGAAAGCUCUGCCAGACGAGGGCGUGCAAUGGUUGUUCAGCAGGGUGGAGGCGAAGAAGAUCAAGAAUGGGCGGUACGAUUUGGAGGUGCUGCUAUUGGAUGAGGGCGGCGAUCUCGUCGCUGCGAGCCAUCACGUGGUCUUCGCAGUCAGUGCCGACCGAAAUACUGCAGCGCGAAGAAAGGAUACGAAGCUGUGAAGAGGAUAGAGUUGAUAUAGGAUACAUUGC